AACAGUAUUCCCGUUUGUUUUCCAGAAAAUUGUGAGUGUACAUAGCUUACAGAUGGUUAGUGGAGGUGCAUUCACCUCAGAACAAUGAAGAUGGGAGAUGAUUCACCUGUCGUUUCUCUAGUUUUGCCAGUGUUGCUGCGACCCACAUUGUCUCAAUUGGAGAAGACUGACGUCGCUGCUAGCCAGACUCUGAGAGCAGCUCUUACUAAAGUUGAAUUGGCUCAUCCGGGUUUCACCUAUGACUUUGUCAUGGGCCUGAUCCGCCGGACAGACCUCAGCGUGAAUAUGAAUGAGAGUCUGUUACGGCUUCAGGGACAAGUUUCAGAUGUGGAUGCCACAGAACAUAGAUUGACGAGGACAGAAGACGCGUUUCAGGAGCUUAACAGAAAGUCGGCGGCCCUCAAGAAAAUUUUGAGUCGUAUCCCGGACGAAAUCACUGACAGGAAAGCCUUUUUGGAAACCAUCAAGGAAAUCGCAAGUGCUAUCAAGAAGUUACUGGACUGCGUGACACAAGUUGCGGAGUUCAUUCCGGGCUCCGCUGGGAAACGGGACCUGGAGCAGUGCAAGAAGCGCUUUGUCAAAUAUUCCCGCAACUUUUCCAACACUUUGAAGGAGUACUUCAAGGAAGGCCAAGCUUCAGCUGUGUUCGUCAGUGCCAUGCACCUCAUCCAUCAGACCAACAUGCUCAUCGUGACCGUGAAGGACACGUGCGAGUGA